GAGGGCGGCGGCGGCGGCGGCGGCGGGCGCGGGAAGAUGGCGGCAGCGGCGGCGGCGGCAGCCGAGCAGCAAAGUUCCAAUGGUCCUGUAAAGAAGUCCAUGCGUGAGAAGGCUGUUGAGAGAAGGAAUGUGAAUAAAGAGCACAAUAGUAACUUUAAAGCCGGAUAUAUUCCAAUUGAUGAAGAUCGGCUCCAUAAAACGGGCUUGAGAGGGAGAAAGGGCAACUUAGCCAUCUGUGUGAUUAUCCUCUUGUUUAUCCUGGCUGUCAUCAACUUAACUAUAACGCUUGUUAUCUGGGCUGUGAUUCGCAUUGGACCAAAUGGCUGUGACAGCAUGGAGUUCCAUGAAAGUGGUCUGCUUCGAUUUAAACAAGUAUCCGACAUGGGAGUUAUACAUCCUCUUUAUAAGAGCACAGUAGGAGGAAGGAGAAAUGAAAAUCUGGUCAUCACUGGCAACAACCAGCCUAUUGUUUUUCAGCAAGGUACAACAAAACUCAGUGUAGAAAAGAACAAAACUUCUAUCACAAGUGACAUUGGUAUGCAGUUUUUCGACCCAAGGACUCAAAAUAUUUUAUUCAGCACAGAUUAUGAAACUCAUGAGUUUCAUUUGCCAAGUGGAGUAAAAAGUUUGAAUGUUCAGAAAGCAUCUACUGAAAGGAUUACCAGCAAUGCUACUAGUGAUUUAAAUAUAAAAGUUGAUGGACGUGCUAUAGUGCGUGGAAAUGAAGGAGUGUUCAUUAUGGGCAAAACCAUUGAAUUUCACAUGGGUGGCAAUAUGGAGUUAAAAGCAGAAAACAGCAUCAUCCUAAAUGGAACUGUGAUGGUCAGCACAACUCGCCUGCCUAGUUCCUCCAGUGAACACCAGUUCGGUGCUGGCGAGUGGGUGCGCUACAAGCUCUGCGUGUGUGCUGACGGGACACUCUUCAAAGUACAAGUAACGGGCCAGAACAUGGGCUGCCAAGUCUCAGACCACCCCUGCGGAAACAGUCUUUAGAAGAACCUGAGAGGUCUUCAGUAUGCUCAUAUCUUGACUUGACUUUUUUUUAAGAGUAUGCAUGCAAUUAUGUUUUUAACAGAGUUUGUGAUAGCUGGUAAUUAUUUUACCUGCAGAGCACUACUGUAUCUGUUUAUAAUCUCCAUAUUUAAAAUAGUCUCAGAGAACCUAAAUUCUAAUACACCUGUCAUUAAGUUACACUGAUCUUCAAAUUAACAUUUUCUAAAAUAAUGAUCAAAAGUGAAUAAAAUCCAAAUUAAUCUU